AUGGCCGUCUCAUCCAUCCAGGACCGGACCAACGAGUUCAGGUCCGUACUGGCACAGGCGCAAAAGAGACAGGCUUCGUCAAAGGUCGGCGCACAAAGACAGUCCCUUCUAACCGACUCGCAAAAGGCCGCUGCAGAUGGCAGCGCAGAUGGGAAACCCAGAAGGUCAGAGUUCGCGCGUAGGGCGGCGGAGAUUGGGAGAGGCAUUUCGACGACGAUGGGAAAACUAGAAAAGCUGGCUCAAUUGGCCAAGAGGAAAACGCUAUUCGACGACAGGCCGGUAGAGAUCAACGAGUUGACAUCCAUCAUCAAGCAAGACCUCUCGUCACUCAACCAACAAAUCGGGGCCCUUCAAGCGAUCUCCAGAUCGCAACACCCUAAAGCCGACCAGGAAGGCGAGCACAACAAGAACGUGGUAUAUCUGCUGCAGGGGAAGCUUGGCGAUAUAUCUCUAAACUUCAAAGAUGUGCUCGAGGUCCGCACAAAGAACAUCCAAGCCUCGCGCGCCCGGACAGAGAACUUCGUCUCCUCCGUCUCCGCGAACGUUGCCCCGCAAAUACAACACUCCGCCUCGCCCCUAUAUCUCACUCCGAAUCGUGGUUCUCCCGCGCCCGGCCAGGACCUGCUAUCCUUGAAUCCGGUGGGCGAUCAGCAGCUACUGAUGAUGGAGGAGGCGCAACCGCAGAACUCAUACAUCCAGCAAAGAGGAGAGGCGAUAGAAGCUAUCGAGAGGACGAUCAGCGAGCUCGGGGGUAUUUUCGGCCAGCUGGCAUCCAUGGUCUCGGAACAGAGCGAGAUGAUCCAGAGAAUCGAUGCGAAUACAGAGGACGUGGUGGAUAAUGUGGAAGGCGCGCAAAGGGAGCUGCUGAAGUACUGGUCGAGGGUGUCUGGCAAUCGCUGGCUGGUUGCGAAGAUGUUUGGGGUGCUGAUGAUUUUCUUUUUACUUUGGGUCCUCAUCGCAGGAUAG